AAGAAACUAAAGGAUAAGUGAUGAUUGCUUUGGGAAAAUUUUGAAUGAGAUGGGUCGCACGGCCUUAGAGUUGUCAGUUUGACAACGAAAGCUGAAAAAAGCCAUUUUUUUAAAAGCAAGGGAAAAGCUUUGAACUCACAAUAUGCUCAAGUUGUUGGUAACUAAGAAUAAAGGAAAAAAAGCAGGAUUGGAAGCCUAAGGUUGUGUUCCUGCUGGUAAAAAUUUUGACAGUGGCGGUUGUAGCUACUAGUGGUUGGACUCUGUUUUGAAGGACUACUUUUUCUUUAUGAACGUAAAAUGUAUAGAAGGUGAUAUUAAUCCAAAAAGCUAUGUAGGUUGUGAGAGUAAUGAAGGUGAAACUGUCGCCUUUGAUGUUUCUGGAAGCCAUCUGGUUAGAGUUGUCAAUAGUCAAGGAUAUAUAGAUAGAGAGGAGGGUAGCAUUAGUAGCAUGUGUGAAGGGGAAACAAGGAGAAUCACUCCUGGUCGUUUAUAGAAAUUUGAGAGCUGUAUUGUCAAGAAAAGAGCAAAGACAAAGGAGUUUAAGCUUUUGUUGAGUUUUAGUAGAUUACUCAAUUAAUUGUCUCGCAAGUCCAUUUAGAUUUAGUUUUACUGAUCAUUGUUAGAGCAGUUUUGCGUAUUUAUUAGCAAUUGAAAGUCUUGUAGUCGAUUGUUAAGAAUCAGUCUUUGGGUUAAUAUUUCCACGGUAUUCUACAAGAACAAGAAACCGAUCAGCCUCUCAGUUGAGUGUUUUGUCAGUAUAAAGAGUUGUAUUCCUUAUGGUAGUUUUUUGUCUCUUAUAAAAUUUUUUUCAAGAUGAAAAACUUGGCCUGUAACUCUGCAACAGUUUUUAUAGUGUAAACGAUAUUCGCACUCUUUUUAAAAUUCAUUCAUUUUCCAGAAUAGCAUAGGAAAGUCUCGAGUCCAUCAUUGCAUAUUUUUAAUGGCUGUUUGUGUUGUCGAGCGUUGAUCAAUUCUCUAUUGAUUUGAGUAUAUAUUUUGAAAUAUUAUGGAUGGGGGGCUUUAGAUAACGAAAGCUGAAUAAACUUGUAUUUUGAAAG